AUGUCUUCCCCAGACGGGCAGCCCACCGGGCAGCUCACCGAAACCUCUCCCCUCCUCCCUAAGCCCAGAAGCCAUAGCAAUGGAUCCCUACCGCAACCCAUCGAUUCUUCCGCCGGCAUUGCGCCUGAGGGCCCAGAUGCAGGUGCUACAUUCUCGGACGAUAGCGAGGACGGCAGCGGCGACGGCGACGACCUCGAGCGCCAGACCACAAACACGAGCGAAGGGCGCCAGCGGCAGUAUGAAGGGCAGCCCGAAGUCAAGAAGCGGAUGAAAUACAUCCUCCCCGCCGUCGCAAUCGGGAUCUUCCUCUCCGCCGCCGACCAAACCAUCAUCGUAUCGAGCUACGGCAAGAUCGGCACAGACUUGAACGCGCUGAACAACACGUCGUGGAUAGCGACGGCGUAUUUCCUGACGCUUACCAGCUUCCAGCCGCUGUAUGGGAAGCUGUCGGAUAUUUUCACGCGCAAGUCGUGUCUGCUGUUCGCGUAUGUGGUCUUUGGGCUCGGCUGCCUAGGCUGCGGUCUCGCGCAGAACAUGAACCAGCUUGUUGCGGCAAGAGCGUUUGCGGGUAUAGGGGGCGGCGGCAUGACGACCGUCGUGUCUAUUCUCAUGUCCGACACUGUUCCAUUAAGAGAACGCGGCAAGUGGCAGGGCUAUGUGAACAUCAUCUACGCGGCUGGCGCGGGUGCUGGAGCGCCCUUGGGUGGGAUCUUGGCCGACUCAGUGGGGUGGAGAUGGGCUUUUAUGGCUCAGGCACCGCUCUGCCUCAUUGCUUUCACCGCCGUAUAUUUCAUCUUGAACGUGCCGAAGCAGGAUCAGGCGCACUGGAAAGAAAAGCUGAGGCGGAUUGACUUUCUGGGUGCUGCUAUACUGAUAUGCGCUGUGUUUGCGCUUUUGCUAGGUCUUGAUCGCGGCAGCAAUGUUGCGUGGUCGGAUAAGGUCACCAUCACCGCGCUAUGUGUUUCUUUGCCGCUCUUUCUGCUGUUUGUUGGCGUGGAGAUGAAGGUCGCCGCGGAGCCCUUCGCGCCCGGUCACAUUAUCUUUGAGCGUUCACUGUUCGCGUGCUACCUCUGUAACUUCUUCUCGUUCAGCGGCUGGCUUGCCGCGCUGUUCUUCAUACCGCUGUACUUCCAGGCCGUGGACGGACACACCGCCACGCAAGCCGGAGUGCGACUGAUUCCUGGCAUCCUUGCCGGUGUAUCCGGAUCUUUGUUCGGCGGCUUCUAUAUGCAGAAGACCGGCCGAUAUUACUGGCUGACCGUGGGCUGCUACAGCACUCUGGUGCUUGGCCUAGGUGUCAUUCUUCUCUUUGCAGGUUUGGUCACUAACUCAACGUGGGGUUUGUGUUUUGGCAUGAUGAUCUCUGGGUUCUCGAAUGGCAUCGGAGUUACGACGUCUCUCAUUGCCCUUAUCGCCAACGCCUCCCACGAAGACCAAGCCGUCGCAACCGCCUGCUCCUACCUCUUCCGCUCUCUCGGCUCCGUGGCAGGUGUGUCGCUCUCCGCGACUGUCGCCAACCAGGCCUUGCGGGCGCAUCUGAAGAGCGAGCUGAGCAGCGGAAAGGACGCAGCGAAGAUCGCGGAGAGGGUGAGACAGAGUCUGGAAUAUAUCAAGACAUUAGAACCGGAAGUCAGGAGUAUCGUGAGGGACUGCUACGCGAGGAGUACGAGAGCGGCGUUUGGACUGCAGAUAGGGCUUGUGGCGGGCGCGGCUGUUGCGGCGUGGUUUAUUAGGGAGAAGAAGCUGAGCAGAUAG